AGGAAAUUGGAUUGAAAAUAUAUCUCGCGUAAUUCUAAAUCUAGUCCAGGAUGACGGCUAAAAUAGCGACCGAAGUGUUUGUGUCUCUCAGCAGUCUCGUAGAUAGCAUUCCUAAAGAUGUGUACUCAGCCGAGGGGUCGAUGGCUUUUAAAGAGGAGGAUGUAAGGGAAGAAGAAUAUGGAGAGAAUGAAAGCGGUACCCUUCGGUUCCAGGGGAAGAGCGCACCGGAGCUGCCUCGCCACGACGACUUGGCGCAUUACGCGGCGACUUUACGCACGCACCCGGUGGCGUAUACGGGCAAGUUCUCCAUCGAUUUCGGUGGUGGCGCAGGUGGAGGACCGUGGACCCCGAGGGACGUCAUCAACGUGAUCAGCGCCGACAUCGCGGCCCCGGCGUUUGCGUCGUCUUCAAGAUUACCAGAUAUUGGCGCACGAGGCGGAGGAGUAGACGCAGCGGACGCGGGGGACUGUGCCAUGGCGCACGGACAUCCGGACAUCAGCCACAUGUACGCGCCCCCCCAUCAUCACCCUCAUCCUCACCCCCACCCUCACCCGGCCCCGUCCUACUCCUGCAGCGGGGACAUGUACCAGGACCCCUCGGCGGGGGGGUACCUGUCCACGUCCACCUGCUCUGUGGCCUACCACCCGCCGCCGACCUACAACCCGGCGCCUAAAUCGACUGUAGACGGCGCCGCACUGCUGUCUAUCAUGCCCGAGUACGGAGGCUUCUACCAGCAGAGCUGCCAGAGAGAGAUCCAGGCGGCUUUCCCGGAGAGGAAAUCCCUCCCGUACCCGCUAGACUCCCUCAGGGUGCCUCCGCCUCUCACUCCUCUCAACACCAUCAGGAACUUUACGCUCGGUGCGCCCUCGCCGGUGGCCGAAGGUCCGAUGUCCGCCGCCUUCCCCAGCCACCAGAGCCUCCCUCUUAGGCCCAUCUUGAGACCCAGGAAGUACCCGAGCCGCCCGAGCAAGACGCCCGUCCACCAGAGGCCGUACCCGUGCCCGGCGGAGAGCUGCGACCGCAGGUUCUCCCGGUCGGACGAGCUGAGUCGACACCUGCGCAUCCACACGGGCCACAAACCGUUCCAGUGCCGCAUCUGCAUGAGGAACUUCAGCCGCAGCGACCACCUCACCACGCACAUCCGCACGCACACCGGGGAGAAACCCUUCUCCUGCGACCAGUGCGGCAGGAAGUUCGCCCGGAGCGACGAGAGGAGGCGGCACAUGAAGAUUCACCUCCGGCAGAAGGAGAAAAAGUCCUCCGCGUCCUAAUCCUCAUCGUCGCGCACGCCCCCGAUGAAUGUGAACUAUGAGUCGGAACAUGUCCAGUGGAUCGGCACAGUCAGCCAAAGGAGUCCACAUCUUACCUUGUGGUUCAUAUAGUCAACAGGUGGAAUACAUCUCAAGCAUAAUUCCUCACUCAUCAAGUCAGUGGGCCAGAUUAUUCACACGGGCCUACAGUACAUACACACACACACACACACACACACACACACACAGCACACAGAUGGACAUGGUGUUACAUUGUGAGUGAGUUCGGUUGACACUUUAACAUGAUAACAGUUGGUGUGCUUCUUUCAAACGGUGUGGCCGGCUGCUGCACGCCUUAGUGCUCCGUGGCAAGGCACUGCGUCUACUGUCCAUGCUUCAUAUUCUCAGGGAUUCAUUUACAAUCCAAGGCUGCAAACGUGGGACCAAAAUGCUGCAGGUCAGCUGAGUGAGCAGUUUAAUUAACCAGCAUGUGGUUUGGCUUCAACCAGCAGUUUUAAUGCACAUCAUCUGUUAAUCUCAGAAAGAAAUUCACAAUAAGUUAGGGUGGCGGUGUUUCACAACACCAAUAAUUUAUCUUCAGCAUUUUUGGUUUGGUUGUGAGGAGAAUGUAAUUCAGUAUUCAUCCCAUCUGUGAUCUGAAGUCUAAUUUAAUUGCAAGCUGGAAAUCCUCACACGUUCUUCACUGUUAAAUAGUAGCGACUUCACCAAUGUUCAAUAUUUAUCAUAUUAAAGUUCAAAGACGUCUUGCACGAGGCCGAGAAGUUUUGUAAUGUGGCGAUGAUGCUAAGUAGGCGAUCAGUAAUAAUACUAAUCUAUGUCACCAUGCAAACGGGUGACGUUAACACGAAAAAACAGAUGGCAAACAUAAAUUAGUCACUAUUUUAAUGUGCCUGACGAUGCACAAUACUUAAAAGGGUCUCCAUGCGACAUUCAGAGCAUUGUUUUAGCAGCAAAACCAUGAUUUUGCGACGUGAAGACGUAGCGGAGUAUAACGUGAGCAGAGAAUGAAGCCCCUCCCCCCGCCGAGUGUGUUGUAGUCGGAGCUUCUUUGUCAUUUGUUUACAACGGCCAUUAGUGCAUGUUUUGUGCACGUGAGCCCGCCCCACCGGUUAGCUCUGCGCUCAAACGUCACGUUAAACAGGCUUAGCUCACGUCGGCACUGUUGUCGUCGUCCGCGCCGUUAGCUGCGAGCCGCCGGCUCGGCCGCCGCCAUGUUGAGAGCCGUGUGGAAGCAAUAGAAAAUGCAACAAAAAAAAUUUAAAUUCAGUUAAAAAAAUAUAUAUACAUGCUUUUUGGAGUGAGGAGACGAGGGAGCGCGGUAAUUUAAAGUGAUGUCGAGAGCACACCCACGAGAUAUUGUGACAUCACAAAUCAGGGCGGGGCAACAGUGGGCAUUUUUUGUGACAUUUUCAUUGGCUAGAUGCAGCAACAAAGCUUUUUAAAAUAAAAAUCUGUAUUUUGUUAACAUGUUUCUUUCACCCGAUGAGUUUAAUUUGGUUUAUGGCACAUGUUGGGGAUUUUAUGAGAUUGUAGCCUGAUUUGAUCUGUUUCUUUAUGAUUAGAAUUUUAUUUUUCAGGUGCACGGAUUUGUCCAAAAAAAACAAAUCCUACCAGCAUUUCUACCUGUUGUGUUUUUGUGCUUUAUCAUUUUUAUGCAAACAAGUCAAGCACUAAAGCUUUU